AUGGAAGGAGCAUUGAUCUUCUGGAGAUACCGCACCCUCUUCUCCCUCAUUCUCUGCACUUUGGUCCUAUUCAAAGUUCAUUCCCAGGCAGCUCCAUCCCAGCAGCACCAGGACACAGCUCCUCUCUCCAAAAUAUACACCCGGGGCAGCCACUGGGCUGUAGGCCAUUUAAUGGGUAAAAAGAGUAUAGAAGAAUAUCCUUAUAUGUAUGAUGGAGGGGACAGGUCCUCCAUCGCUGGGUAUAUGGAUGGCGAUAAGUCCGUGGAAGGAUCUCAACAAUGGAAAGAUGCUCUUCUUAGCUUAUUGAAGAUGUUGGAGACCAGUGACAUCAGAAAUUCCCAGUCCAUGAGAGAUACAAAGUUAUAUAACAGGAAAUUCUGGGACUCUGAGGACAACAACAACAACUAUAAAGAGGUGUUGGAUUACCUCUACCAGAUGAUGAAGGAGAACGCACAGAGCUGA